UGAUUGUUUACUUAUCUGUCUCAUUACGAUAGACUUUGAAAUAUAAAUGAUUGUUACUGUGAUUUUCUUUAAUUCUUCAAUGAUUUCUUAACAAAAGUCCUGAGAUUUUUAAUUAUUUGCAUAUCCUACAAUUUAGUUCUUUCAUUUCUUUUUCUCACCCUACAUUUAAUACCCUGAUAUAAAAUAAACUUAAAAAAUUCUAACCUCAAAAUCUAACUCUGUAUAUACAUAUACCUUUAUUCCUCCAAUGAGGCAUUGACAAAGCAAGCUAUUCUAACAGUUGCAAUCGUUUUUGUUACCUCAUUAAUGGCACUAUUUUAUGUAUACACUAGUUUUCCACAACUCGCCGAAGAUGAACGACAACACAUGAAAUUACCAUUACACAUUGAUGAUGCAAAAGGUCUGGGUAAUCUCCUCAACAGAUACAAAGAUCUAUACUAUUUCCAAGUACUAAGCGGAUUGUUCAUCACAUAUAUUUUUCUGCAAACUUUUGCUAUUCCAGGUUCUAUUUUCCUCUCAAUUCUUUCUGGUUUUCUUUUCCCAUUCCCUUUGGCUUUGUUGUUAGUUUGCACCUGCAGCGCAGUAGGAGCAUCGCUUUGCUAUCUUCUGUCGUCGAUUUUAGGACGGAGAUUACUUUUUAAAUAUUUCCCGGACAAAGCUCGAGUGUGGACGCUAACAGUGAGAAAGCACAAACACCAUCUUUUUAAUUACAUGCUAUUCCUUCGAAUGACACCGCUGCUUCCGAAUUGGUUUAUAAAUUUAGCUAGUCCUGUAAUCGGUGUACCACUUGCACCGUUUACUAUGGGCACGUUUUUUGGUGUUGCUCCACCAUCUUUUGUCGCUAUACAAGCAGGACAAACGUUACAGAACUUAACUUCAUCUAGUGAUGCGUGGUCCUGGAAUAGCAUCUUGAUAUUGUGCGUAUUUGCAAUACUUUCAUUAGUACCUGUUUUAUUUAAACAGAAACUACAAGAAAAGUUUGAUUAAAAAUUUAGGAAAUAAAUUAAAGAAAUUUUAUUUAUUUAGAAUAUAAUAUGCUUAUUUAUUUUAAAUAUUCGUUACAUUAAAUGCAAUGUAACAAAGCGAUAAAAAAAUUUAUUCUUAGUUUAAUUAUUGAUAUUGAAACACUUUCAAUCGAUUAAACUCGGAAAACAUUCCUCACAUAGCAUUAUGCCUUUUUUAUAUGAAAUUUAACUGCUAAAUCUUAAAUUUGUCAAAAUUAGCACAAAUUAAUUAAAACUACAGUUAUGUAUUUCACUAAUGUAUUUGUAUUUUCUUUUCUAUACACAAACUGUGCACAAAAUUGUUUGCAAUGAAAAUAACUGUCUUGCUGUAGAAACAUGUUAUAGUAUAAUUAUGUAUAAAUAAUUUGAACGAUAUAAAAAUGUAAUUUAGCAGUAGGAAGUCAAAUAGCUAAUGGAAAUAUUUGUUGAGUUCAGAGUUGGAAGACUAAUUGGUCGCCAGUACCACCAAUUGUACCACACUGAAAAACAUGUAGCUUUAACAGUGAAUUGUUUAAACGAUGGUAUAUAUGUAAUUAUAAAUUAAGUGUAAAUAAAUUUUGUGUUAAAACUA